CAUUUUCUUUCUAUUGACACAUCUCUCUCGUCUCCUGAAGCAUCGUUCCGCCUUGCGCCCUUCCAUCCCCAGUACCAAUCUCCGCGACAACAACCCCGCCAAAGUACCCCGCACCGCGCAUAUCCCUCCGUAACGAUGUCGGCCGAGCAUACCUACAAGUUCAACGUCAGCAUGAGCUGCGGCGGCUGCUCCGGCGCCGUUGACCGCGUGCUCAAGAAGCUAGAAGGCGUCCAAAGCUACGAAGUCUCCCUCGAAAGCCAGACCGCUACCGUCGUCGCUGGCCCCGAGCUCGGGUACGAAAAGGUCCUGCAGACGAUUGCGAAGACGGGGAAGAAGGUCAACUCGGGUAGCGUGGAUGGCGAGGAGCGCAGUGUUGAGCUUCCCAAGGCGGAGUAAGGGGCAACCAGCGGCUGAAAAGAUAAUGAUAGAAGAAAAGGAGGGGUCGUGGUUACUGGUUACUUGUCAUAAAAGAAUAUGAUGUGGGAAUUUGUUUCGUUCAAGUUUGUUCAGUUAUUGUCUUCUCGUGUCUGUACGCUAUGCCGCGAAAAGUGGUCCGUCCAGAGUGUCUGAUGCUGGGUGGUUCAGCCCAUGCUACCUGUCUCAAGACAGUGGUAGAUGUCCCUUAUUGCAGAGACCGUAUAACGCCGUGAUACAUGAUACUAAUGUACCUUAUACAAC